GUCGUAGUAGAAAAGAAGGGAAGGUUAUGGGGACGCCUAGAGUUGUGACCCGUAGCGCUUCCUAGAAAUGUGCGCUAAGGUCGAAGUUUUGCGAGGAGAAAGGCUCAGAGCAGCCUGGGAGGUGUAGUCCGGUUGGCUUAGCAGACGAUUCAAGGUUGACGCUGAGGUUCCCGGACGGAGCUGAGCAGCCUUGCGAAAAGACUGUGACUGUGCCUUUUAACCCUGCAGCUGGAGCCCAAAGCAGUGUUUGUUUAAUGAAUGACCUAUCUAUUUCAAACUGAUUUAGACCCUAAGGAUAACCCCGUGAAUUGUGUUGAUUUCAGAAUGCUGCGACGAAAACCAACCCGCCUGGAGCUGAAGCUUGAUGACAUUGAGGAGUUUGAGAGCAUUCGGAAGGACUUGGAGACCCGUAAGAAACAAAAAGAAGACGUGGAUGUUGUAGGAGGCAGUGAUGGAGAAGGUGCUAUAGGGCUCAGCAGUGACCCCAAGAACCGGGAACAGAUGAUUAAUGAUCGAAUUGGAUAUAAACCCCAAGCCAAGCCCAGCAAUCGUUCAUCUCAAUUUGGAAGUUUUGAAUUUUAGAGGUGGAUUACCUUGCUUGUCAGAGGGCUGGAAUGUUAUAAAAUGAUGGCAGAAGUACAAACAAGAUUUAGGGAAUUGACUGCUUGUAGUCAAGCAGAAUGUUUUACCUCCUGCGGAAAGAAAUACUCCUGCAUGAGAUUACUGAUGCUUAACUUUCACUCUAAGCUGAAAUCCAAACUCUGGUUUGUCUCUGGAAAAUUUGACUUUAUAAAACUUGUUUUUGUUUUAAAAAAUAAAUAUAUUUUUGGAAAAGUAUGAGACAUCCUUAAUGAGUAUAAUAGCACUGUUAAUCCCCAGACUUGAAAAGUUAAUUGCUUCAGACAUGACAACAUUCUCCCAUCUUUAUUAAAAGACCCUAAGCACAGAACACUUCCAGUUCAUCCUUGUCACUGACUUUAACUAAUUUAUUCAGCAAGUAUUUAUUGAGUGCCCAUGAUGGGCCAGGUACUAUUCUAGGUACUUAGUAACAUUGGUGAACAAAAUCAACAAAGGUCACUGCCCUUGUGCAGAUUAGAUUUUGGCGAUUUUUAUGUAAACUUGAUCUCCCAUUCUGAACUUGUUCCUUUGGACCCCCCAAAUCCCUUGGCAGUAAUGAGCCUUAAUGUAAAAUUCUUUAUUCCCGAAUUAAGCACAUACACUUAACAGAGUUCUCAGGAAGUUUUCUUUUGGAUCAGGCCUCACACAUCCUGAGUGCAGCAACAGAGGAGG